ACAGCGGAGAGAGCACUGACAUAGCUUCUCAAGCAUUCUCGAUUUCCAUUGAAUGAUCCAUUAUUCAUGGAAUUUGGUGCUGGUGGCUUAAUCUUUGUAACACCUUGUACCAUAUGCAAAACUUUGCUUCUUGCAGGCCUCUCAGAUAGUGCCCCUGCAACAAAUUUGUCAAAGUUUUCAUAACUCCAAUCUGAGAAUAGGAACUGGGUUCUUGAAACUAUAAAUACCAUAAGUUCCACAGGAUGCAUCAACAACAUAUUCAUCUUUCACUACAAGAUCGUGAAUAAUCAACCAUGUGGAAAAUUCAAACUCCUUAAACAUAAUGAAAAACUUUUUUUCCAAUCAUUUGAACGAGUCAAAGUCUUCCAACACCCCAUUUCAUUUCUUCCACACACGAAGCCAAAACACCGUUAAUACACACCCAUCCAACACAUUGGCUACAUAUUAAAUUCACACCCUUGCACACAACCGAAUCAUCAGAAAACAUGUUCCUCAAAACCCAUUUUCUGUUCCUGGCUCUUGUUUUAGCAACCACAACGGUUACUAUCGCCAUAACCCCGGGUUCCACUCUCUUCACCAAUCACAUAUGGUCUUCUCCCAACACCACCUUCUCUCUUGCUUUCGUCCCCGUUCAGCCACCGACCACCCCUCCUUCCUUCACCGCCGCAAUCGUCUUCUCCGGCGGCGCUCCCGUCGUCUGGUCUGCUGGCAACGGCGCCGCCGUGGAUUCCGGCGGCUCCCUCCAGUUCCUCCGCAACGGUGCCCUCCGCCUCGUCAACGGCUCCGGCGCCACAGUGUGGAACUCUGGCACGGCGGACCGCGGCGCCACCUCAGCAACCCUUGAAGAGAGUGGCAAUUUGGUAAUUUGGAAGGGCACGGGUACCCUCUGGUCAAGCUUUGACCAUCCCACCGAUACCCUUUUGCCUUCUCAGAAUUUCACUGUUGGUAAGUCUCUCACAUCCCAAAGUUACUCUUUUAGUCUUCUUGCAAAUGGGAAUUUGAUCCUAAAGUGGAACAAUAGCAUAGUGUAUUGGAACCACCAGGGUUUCAAUUCUUAUGUGAAUGCGAGUUUGGAUUCCCCCGUGUUGGCGUUGUCAUCGAUUGGUUUCUUGCAGCUUUCUGAUGUGAAUUUGAGUACUCCUGUUGUUAUUGCUUAUAGUAGUGACUAUGUUGAGGGGAACAGUGAUGUGUUGAGGGUGUUGAAGUUGGAUAAUGAUGGCAAUUUGAGGAUUUAUAGCACUAAUAAGGGUAGUGGAAGUUCUAAUGUUAGAUGGACUGCUAUUCAGGAUCAAUGUGAGGUUUAUGCUUACUGUGGGAACUAUGGUGUGUGUAGUUACAAUGAUUCGAGCCCGGUUUGCAGGUGCCCUUCAGAGAAUUUUGACAUGGUUGAUCGAAAUGAUGCUCGGAAAGGGUGCAGGAGGAAGGUCAGUCUCGACAGUUGUCAAGGGAGUGCGACUAUGUUGACAUUGGAUAAUGCUGUGAUCUUGAGUUAUGCCCCUGAGGCUGCUUCGCAAUUGUUUUUCAUAGGGAUAUCGGCAUGUAGAGGGAAUUGUCUUUCAAGUACUGGAGACUGUUAUGCUUCUACUUCCUUGUCAGAUGGAUCGGGGCAAUGUUUGCUAAUAUCAAAAGAUUUUGUUAGUUUUUAUCAUAAUCUUUCAAUGCCUAGCAUUUCAUAUGUCAAGGUUUGUCCGCCGCUGGCGCCGAAUCCACUGCAGGCGUUGAAUCCACCGCCCUCUUUGGGGGAGACUGGGAUGGAAAAGAGGUCCAAGUUGCGUGCUUGGGUUGUGGUGGUUGUUGUUUUGGGUGCCAUUUUGGGUUUGAUUGCAUUGCAAGGUUGUUUGUGGGUGUGGUUUUGUAGGAACAGACUGAGGUUUGGAGGGUUGUCUUCUCAUGAUACGCUUUUUGAGUAUGCUUCUGGUGCGCCGAUGCAGUUUUUGUACAAGGAGCUCCAAAAGGCAACAAAGGGGUUCAAGAAGAAGCUUGGAGCUGGGGGAUUUGGUGCUGUGUAUAGAGGCACUCUUGUUAACAAAACUGUUGUUGCUGUGAAGCAACUUGAGGGCAUUGAGCAAGGUGAGAAGCAAUUUAGGAUGGAGGUUGCCACUAUAGGUAGCACUCAUCAUCUCAAUUUGGUGAGGCUUAUUGGCUUUUGCUCAGAAGGGCGCCACCGGCUUCUAGUUUAUGAGUUUAUGAAAAAUGGGUCUCUUGAUGAUUUUCUAAUCCACACAGAGGAGGAUCCUGGAAAAUUGUUGAGUUGGGAGUAUCGAUACAACAUUGCCCUGGGAACCGCAAGAGGCAUUACAUACUUACAUGAGGAGUGUCGUGACUGCAUAGUCCAUUGUGACAUAAAACCUGAAAACAUUCUCUUGGAUGAGAACUAUGUUGCCAAAGUCUCUGAUUUUGGUCUUGCAAAGCUCAUUAGUCCCAAAGACCACAGGCAUCGAACCUUGACAAGUGUGAGAGGAACCAGAGGAUAUUUAGCCCCUGAGUGGCUUGCGAAUCUUCCCAUAACAUCUAAAUCUGAUGUUUAUAGCUAUGGCAUGGUUUUGUUAGAGAUUGUGAGUGGGAGAAGGAAUUUUGAUGUAUCAGAGGAAACAAAUAGGAAAAAGUUUUCCACUUGGGCCUAUGAAGAAUUUGAGAAAGGUAACAUUAGUGGAAUCUUGGACAAAAGACUAGCUGACCAAGAAGUUAAUAUGGAACAAGUAAGAAGAGCAAUUCAGGCAAGCUUUUGGUGUAUUCAAGAGAAUCCAUCUCAAAGACCAAUAAUGAGUAGACUGCUGCAAAUGCUAGAAGGGUUAAUAGAGAUUGAAAAGCCACCUGCCCCAAAAUCAAUGAUUGAAGGAGCUGUUAGUGGAACCAACUCAUACCUAAGUAGCAAUGCCAAUGCAUUCUCCACAUUUGGAGUUUCACCCCCCGUUCCCUCCUUUUCAUCUUCAUUUCAGGAUAGUGGUGUUUCAACCUUAGCCUCGAAAAUGAACACUGAGAAACCAACCUCAUGUCUUUUACAAUUAGACACGUGACAUAAACAUUCAACAUUUUUGGCUUCGUGUAGGUGCUUCUAAUAAGCAUGCAUGUCAACUUUAGAAUCAUAACUUACAAGUGGCUUCCAGAAUUAGCUCAUUAAAAAUUUAUAGUUGUCUUUCUUGCUUGAGAACUCUCAAUCAUAAAAAUCAUUUAUGUGAUUAUAUGUCUUUCUAAAAGAUUGAUCAUAUUAACUAUGUGUUUGCACAUGGUUAAUUAAAACAAUAAAAUUGUAUAUUUUAAGUAUCAUGAUUAAAACACAUUUCACAAGGACUUUUAUAAAAUC